GGUCGGCACUGAUGGGGUCAGGCGGGAAAAUGUCGAUGCGCGGGCCUUUCUGGCCGUCGGCGUUGGCAGUGAUGCCCAUCUCAUUUUUGUGCGCGGAGGCAGACACCAUCAGAAAGGUGGACGGGCACUACACGGCCCUAGGUUUGCUAGAGGGAGCUGUAUUGCCUCAGUAACCUGGCUUCGCCGUCACAGGAGGAGGGAUCAGGUGGCAACGAGCUGAACUAGGCUGGUUGACCAUUCGGCGCGAGAAUUGUUAUUUUUUUCAGACCAAGAACCUUGAGUGCAAUGAGGGAGAAAGCGAGGAACGGACUGGGAAGGACAG